GAUAUUCGAUUGAAGCCUGAUUAUUGUCGUUAUGGUUUUGAAUCUUUUUCUUCUUUUCGUGUUUCUUGUUUUCAUUUCCGAUUCAUUCUUUAUUUACGCAAUGGAAUAGACUAAGAAAGCAGAAGCGGGUCCAACAAUGGCGGAGGAACACGAAGAACACUCAUUCAAGACAAUCGGUACUGCUUUCAGUUGGUUCAUUGGGGACGAUGAUUCUGAAGAUUUGGGUUCCGAGUGCGCCCUCAAGAUCGAACCUAGUUUGCUCAUUGACCUUCGUUGUUUAAAGAUUGGUGAAGUUAUUGGCGAAGGUUCUUACUCCAUUGUGUAUGAAGGACUGUACGAUUAUCAACCUGUUGCCGUGAAGAUUAUACAGCCGAGUAGGACAUCGGCUAUAAGUACUAGAAACAAAGAAAGAUUCCUGAGAGAGGUUGCGUUGCUAGCAAUAGUGAAUCACGAGAACGUUAUUCAGUUCAUUGGCGCUGCCAUAGCGCCGACGUUGAUGAUAAUCACUGAGCUAAUGAGAGGUGGAUCACUCCAAAAGUACUUGUGGAGCAUACGGCCGGAGACCCCAGAACUGAAGCUUUCCUUAAGUUUGGCUCUAGAUCUAUCACGAGUAAUGGCAUACUUACAUUCAAAUGGAGUCGUUCAUCGCGACUUAAAGCCAAGCAAUCUAUUGCUAACAGAAGACAAGCAACGGAUUAAACUAGCAGACUUUGGGUUGGCUAGAGAGGAAAUAUCUGGUGAAAUGACUACUGAGGCGGGUACUUACCGAUGGAUGGCCCCUGAGCUGUUUAGCAUUGAUCCAUUGCCUGUUGGAGGUAGGAAAUUUUAUGAUCACAAGGCAGAUGUCUACAGCUUCUCGAUAAUUCUUUGGGAGUUGAUGACAAACAAAACUCCAUUCAAGGGCAGAAACAAUAUAAUGGUGGCAUAUGCCGCAGCUAAGAACAUAAGACCAAGUCUUGAAGGAAUCCCAGAAGAUAUCGCCCGUCUCUUGCAGUCAUGCUGGGCUGAGGAUCCAAAAAUCCGUCCAGAAUUUACAAAAGUGAUAGAUUCUCUAAGGAAUAUUCUCCAAACUUUUUGCUUACAAGAAUCUUCAGUUCCUGUCAUGGCGGACACAGAGGAGGACGUCGAAGGUGCAUCAGACACAUCGUGUUCUGAGAGAGAGAGAGAGCAUAAUAAGGCUAGAAGACAUGGAAACUCAUCAUUUUGCCUCUAGUGUUGCCACGACUUGUGCACGUCUGAUUAAACCGACAGGUUUUGUGUCCUCGUGUUUUGCCAAAUAAAUGUAAAUGGUCGGUUAGAUCCAGUUUUGUAAGUCACUUUACAGGAUAGGCAAAGAACAUUGAGAAAGAUAUAGCAGCUUUUGAUCAUCAACA